GGAGAGAGCGAGCGGCGGCGGGGCGGCGCGGGGCGGCGCGGGGCGGAGGGCGCCCGAGGGCGAGCGGGCAGGCGGGCGCCGCGGGUUCCGGGCCGGCCCCAGGCGCUGACGGUUGGCCGGGCGCGCGGAGCCUAGCCGGGGCCUUGCCGGAGCCGGGCCGGGCAGCAGGGGCCGCCCGCCGCCGCCGCCCGGGCCCGCCGCCCGCGCCCCCCACGCUGGCCCAGAGGGCUGCGGCCGCUUCGCCGCUGAGGAUGUCCCGGAAGGGGCCGCGAGCGGAGGUGUGUGCGGACUGCAGCGCCCCGGACCCCGGCUGGGCCUCCAUCAGCAGGGGUGUGCUGGUGUGCGACGAGUGCUGCAGUGUGCACCGGAGCCUGGGACGCCACAUCUCCAUCGUCAAGCACCUUCGCCACAGCGCCUGGCCCCCCACGCUUCUGCAGAUGGUGCAUACACUCGCAAGCAAUGGGGCCAACUCCAUCUGGGAGCACUCCCUUCUGGACCCCGCACAAGUGCAAAGCGGCCGGCGCAAAGCCAAUCCCCAAGACAAAGUCCACCCCAUCAAGUCUGAGUUCAUCAGGGCCAAGUACCAGAUGCUGGCGUUUGUGCACAAGCUUCCCUGCCGGGACGAUGACGGGGUCACUGCCAAAGACCUCAGCAAGCAACUGCACUCAAGUGUGCGGACAGGCAACUUGGAGACGUGUCUGCGCCUGCUGUCCCUGGGUGCCCAGGCCAACUUCUUCCACCCAGAGAAGGGCACCACACCUCUGCAUGUGGCCGCCAAGGCAGGGCAGACCCUGCAGGCUGAGCUGCUUGUAGUGUAUGGAGCUGACCCCGGAUCCCCCGAUGUUAAUGGCCGGACACCCAUUGACUAUGCCAGGCAGGCGGGGCACCAUGAGCUGGCCGAAAGGCUAGUGGAGUGCCAGUAUGAGCUCACUGACCGUUUGGCCUUCUACCUCUGCGGACGCAAGCCGGAUCACAAGAAUGGGCAUUACAUCAUCCCACAGAUGGCUGACAGAUCUCGGCAAAAGUGCAUGUCUCAGAGCCUAGACCUGUCCGAGCUGGCCAAAGCUGCCAAGAAGAAGCUGCAGGCGCUCAGCAACCGGCUUUUUGAGGAACUCGCCAUGGACGUGUAUGAUGAGGUGGAUCGAAGAGAGAACGAUGCGGUGUGGCUGGCUACCCAGAACCACAGCACGCUGGUGACAGAGCGCAGCGCCGUGCCCUUCCUGCCUGUUAACCCCGAAUACUCGGCCACACGGAAUCAGGGGCGGCAGAAGUUGGCCCGCUUUAACGCUCGGGAGUUUGCCACCUUGAUCAUCGACAUCCUCAGCGAGGCCAAGCGGCGGCAGCAGGGCAAGAGCCCGAGCAGCCCCACAGACAACCUCGAGCUGUCCACACGGAGCCAGAGCGACCUCGACGACCAGCACGACUAUGACAGCGUGGCCUCCGACGAGGACACGGACCAGGAGCCCCUGCGCAGUGCCGGCACCACGCGCAACAACCGUGCCCGGAGCAUGGACUCUUCGGACCUGUCCGACGGGGCCGUGACGCUGCAGGAGUACCUGGAGCUGAAGAAGGCCCUGGCGACCUCCGAGGCAAAGGUGCAGCAGCUCAUGAAAGUCAACAGUAGCUUGAGUGAUGAGCUGCGGAGGCUGCAGAGGGAGAUCCACAAGCUACAGGCAGAGAACCUGCAGAUCCGGCAGCAGUCGGGGCCUGCACCCUCGCCCCCACUGCCCAGUGAGCGGGCAGAGCAAGCGGCCAUGGCGCCUGGCGGGAGUGCCCACCGUAGGGACCGCCAGGCCUUCUCCAUGUACGAGCCAGGCUCGGCCCUGAAGCCCUUUGUGGGCCCACCUGGCGACGAGCUCAGCACACGGCUCCAGCCUUUCCACGGCACCGAGCUGGAGGAUGAUGCCAUCUAUUCGGUGCAUGCCCCUACCGGCCUCUACCGGAUCCGGAAGGGGGUGUCUGCCUCAGCUGUGCCCUUCCCCCCCUCCUCCCCACUGCUGUCCUGCCCCCAGGAAGGAAGCCGCCACACAAGCAAGCUUUCCCGCCAUGGCAGUGGUGCUGACAGCGACUAUGAGAACACACAGAGUGGGGACCCACUGCUCGGGCUGGAAGGGAAGAAGUUUCUAGAGCUGGGCAAGGAGGAGGACUUCCACCCUGAGUUAGAAACCCUGGACGGGGACCUAGAUCCUGGGCUUCCCAGCACCGAGGACGUCAUCCUGAAGACGGAGCAGGUCACCAAGAACAUCCAGGAAUUGUUGCGGGCUGCCCAGGAAUUCAAACAUGACAGCUUUGUGCCCUGCUCAGAGAAGAUCCAUCUGGCUGUGACUGAGAUGGCCUCGCUCUUCCCAAAGAGGCCAGCCCUGGAGCCCGUGCGCAGCUCACUGCGGCUGCUCAACGCCAGCGCCUACCGGCUGCAGAGUGAGUGCCGGAAGACCGUGCCCCCAGAGCCCGGCGCCCCUGUGGACUUCCAGCUGCUGACACAGCAGGUGAUCCAGUGCGCCUAUGACAUCGCCAAGGCUGCCAAGCAGCUGGUCACCAUCACCACCCGCGAGAAGAAGCAGUGACCACUCUCCCUACACCCUCACCCACACCCUAGGACCUCACUGGCCAUGGGAGCUGGGCCACUCCAGACACUAAUUCCUACCCUAGCAGAGCCACUGGCACAAGUGCCCUUAGUGCUGCCGCUCUCCCCUGGCAGCCAGGUGCCCUGGUGCCCACCCCCCCCCAAGCCCCUAGGAUGGGGAGGUGGGGUGGCAGGAGCUUCUGUCCCCCACAUUCCAUGCACCUCCCCCUGUACAUAGCAUCCCCUUCCCUUCAACUGUUCAGGGGCCUGCAAGGCAUCACUCCCAGCCCCUUGCCCUCCAGGGCACUCAGCAAAGGAUCGGGGUGGGGCACUCCACACGGGGCAUUUCUCCCUACAUGCACCCCACCCCCACGAGCCAAUUCAGCCCUACUGGGGGCUGAGCGGGGGCAUCCCCCUCCUUUGUACAUAAUCUUUGUGGAUGUCCCUGCCCUGUAGCCACCAGCCCCCCCUGCUGCUCUCUUUCUUUAAUGCCAAACGGCCCCUGCCUAGGGCACAGAUGCCAACCUGUGUGCUGGGGUCCCCAGCAGCAAACACUGGAAAACCUUUUUUUGUUGUUCUCUUCUCUCUUCCAUCCCUUAAUUUUAACUUUGUGGUAACUGAGUGUCCCUGUGUGCCUGCGUGUGUGUGCACGGGGCGGCAGUGCCGUUCCGGAGGCCUGGUCCAUCUGGAUUUUGGUGAGGGGUGAGGGGACUAUGUUGGGGGCCAGCCUCCCUCUCCACCACCCAGGGGCCCAGGACUGCUGAGGUACCCAGCUGCAGUCCUCCUGGCUGCCUCCCUUCAUCUCCACCGCCUCAGACCCUUCCUCUGUGAACUUAAAGCAGAAACCACUUCCCUCCAUCUCUUGUCCCCCUCCUUUGUGGAAGGGGACUGUGUGCUGGCUGGGGCAGAGACCUGAGCCUGGGGCUGGCUCCCCGGGGUCCCUGACUCAGCAGGUGGAUGUGGAGCUGAGGGUCCUGUUCUCCAUCUCCCCUGAGAGGCCAGCACCCACCAUCAGGACCUGUGGCACUGUUAGGGCCCUGCCCCCUGGAGCCUAGCAGUCUGGGCUGCAGCCUGGGAAGGCUGGUGGGCAGCACAUACCAGCUCUCCUUCCCGCCCUGCCUCCUCCCCAGGGGGCCAGGCCAGUCUGUGUGGUGGUGAGUGGGCUGACUGUCCAGACGUGUAUCAAAAAUAAAUAAGUGACCAUGGUG